ACCUUCUGGAUCCCGAACCCUGGAUCGGAGGGCUCACCGUCCGCUACCUUCGAGAUGGCUGCUGCUGGGUCCUCCGUGGAGGUCUCAGGGAUAAUAUUCACAUGGUUGGCCCUACCUAGGGACUACACCAUCGCGUAUUGGGACCUGACACGAGCUGUCUGGAACUGGACGGUGAGCUCUAUGUUCGAUCACAGUGGGGACCAGAAUAGUCUUCAUGGUUGCCAGGAGUCCUCAUCCGGCCUGGCCAUCAAUAGCACACAGCAGACCACCUAUCUACGGCGAGGGUUCGACAGCGACAAAUUCCGCGUGACGAUCGAUGCUGCCAACAGCUACCAGGGUGUACCUUUAACAGGUGCUCAUGUUGCACCAAACUGGGUUCAGCGUGAGCCUCCUCUUUCUCAGCUCUACGUAGCCUCACG